AUGGUCAUGUUUCUCGACCUCCCAGAGGAGACUCUUUGCCUCAUUGCGGAAGAUCUGCAUCACCAAGGUGAUCGAUAUUCCCUGGUUCUGUCCUGUCGUCGACUGUACACAGUUCUGCUACCAACUCUCUACUCUCAGGUUAUUCUUGGUGACGUUAGCAAUCAUACAAUUGGACAAGUCAGUCGAUUCUUCAAUGCAAUCGCGCGACGGCCGCAGUUGGCGAACGCGGUGCGAUCUUUACGCUUGGAGAGUUGGGACACUGAAGAUGACGCUGGGGAUAUCGACUGUGAAUUUGAAUAUGAUGCGGAACUUAUUGGCGGACUUGUUGCUGGUACUUGUUGGUCCACGCAACCGUACGGUCAACUGUGGCGCGGAAACACUGAUGCUUGGCUGGCUUUGCUCAUCCCCCAGCUAAAAGGCUUAAGACGAAUCAGCAUAUGCUACCCGUAUGGGUCAGAAUAUGUUCAACGAAUGUUCGUGAAGGCUGCCAAAGAGGAUGUCACGGCUUUUCCUCGCCUCGUCGAGGCAUUCGCCGAAUGGUACGACACGGAAGAUUCAAUCCCUGCGAGCUGCAUGGAACCGUUCUUCAAAUUCCCGGCGGUGCGCAGGAUUGGAGGAUCCUCUAUCGUUGACUCCGGCCGUGAAGAAGGACAACCCCGCAUUACACCCUUCUCGGGAGUCACAGAUAUUGAUCUCGAGAUGACAAACACGGAGUGUGGAUUCGGUGUCUGGAUUGAAUCUUGCAAGGCUCUCAAGACUUUCCGGUUAAAUAUUGGCGGAGAAAUGAUCUCAGAUGGGCCCGAUCUUCUAACGGAUCCCCUUCGGGAAUCUAUAUCCCUCCACAAAGCAUCACUAGAGGCCUUUUGGCUCUGUGGUGAAUCAUAUCAGGAAGAUGAAAUCGGAUGGAUGGGAUCGUUUGCCGAUUUUAAUGUGAUGAAAUAUCUACAUAUUUCUAUAUCAAUGCUUGCCAGGCUUGACGACAACCUGGAGCCGACGAGAGAUCUCGUGACACUUUUGCCGCCGUCCCUUGAGACUUUGUAUCUGUGUCACUGCCACAACGAGCUGCUUGAAUGGUCGGUCGAUCAAAUCGAACAAUUGAUAGAGUCAAAAGCCCUGCCACGCCUCACUUCAUUGGGGCUUGAGGGUUACGGACCUUCAGAGGUCCAUGAGAGUUCCUUGGAGACUAUGCGCAAGCUGGAGGAGUUGGACAAAAAAUGUGCGGAAGCUGGCGUAUUCUUUGCUGCUUCUAUUGGAAGUCACAGAGUGGUCCCGAACCAUUUUGUAUCACUUUGGCCUUGUUCCUAA